GGAAGAUGAAAGACCUAUGUCACCUUUCUAUUUGAGCACGCAUGUAUCCCAAGUCAGCAAUGUUUCGACAACUGGAGAACUCUUAGAAAGAACCAUCCGGUCGGCAGUAGAACAGCACCUUUUUGAUGUAAAUGGCUCUGGAGGCCAAAGUUCAGAGGACUCGGAAUCUGGAACAUCAUCAGCAUCUUCGGCCACGUCUGCCAGACAGCGCCGCCGUCAGUCCAAAGAGCAGGAUGAAGUUCGACAUGGCAGAGAUGUGGGACUUAUCAACAAAGAAAAUAUUCCUUCUGGGUUCAACAACCUUGAAGAUUGUAUUUUGAAUGCUCAGGAAGUGGAAAAAUUGUAUGAAAAUACUUCUGGUUAUAUUGGAGAAAGGGGCAAACCUAAACGUCAGAAAUCCAGUUCCAAACUUUCUGAACUCAGUGAAAAUCAAGAUGGUCUUGUGAAUAUGGAAAGCCUCAAUUCCACACCAUCUCACGAGAGGGCUGGACCUGACGAUGUUGAACUGAUGUCCGAUGAAAGCAAAGAAGAUGAAAAAGGCAGCAGACAUACCCAGCAUUUUGAGAGCCCCACAAUGAAGAUUCAGGAGCAUCCCAGUGUACCUGACACCAAACUGCAGAGGACUCAAGAUGCCGAUGACCAGCAGGAGAGCUUUGUCUCUGAAGUGCCUGAGCUCGACCUGACUGCAUUGUGUGAUGAGAAGAGCUGGGAAGAACCCCUCCCUGCCUUCUCAUGGCAGCAGGAGAACGUGGACUCGGAUGAAGCGCACCUCUCCCCGCAGGCUGGGCGCCUGAUUCGCCAGCUUCUGGAUGAAGACAGUGACCCCAUGCUCUCUCCUCGGUUCUAUGCUUAUGGGCAGAGUAGGCAGUACCUGGAUGACACAGAAGUGCCUCCUUCUCCCCCAAAUUCCCAUUCUUUCAUGAGGCGCCGGAGCUCCUCUCUUGGGUCCUACGACGACGAGCAGGAGGACCUGACACCUGCCCAGCUCACGCGAAGGAUUCAGAACCUUAAAAAGAAGAUCCGAAAGUUCGAAGAUAGAUUUGAAGAGGAGAGGAAGUACAGACCUUCUCAUAGUGACAAAGCAGCCAAUCCAGAGGUUCUAAAAUGGACAAAUGACCUUGCCAAAUUCCGGAAACAGCUUAAAGAGUCCAAACUAAAGAUAUCUGAAGAAGACCUAAGCCCCAGGAUGCGGCAGCGAAGCAACACGCUCCCCAAGAGUUUCGGUUCCCAGCUUGAGAAAGAAGAUGAGAAGAAGCAAGAGCUCGUCGAUAAAGCCAUAAAGCCUAGCGUUGAAGCCACACUGGAAUCCAUCCAGAGGAAGCUCCAAGAGAAGCGGGCAGAAAGCAGCCGUCCUGAAGACAUUAAGGAUAUGACCAAAGACCAGAUUGCCAAUGAGAAGGUGGCUCUGCAGAAAGCUCUGUUAUAUUACGAAAGCAUUCACGGCCGGCCGGUGACCAAGAAUGAACGUCAGGUAAUGAAGCCACUGUAUGACAGAUACCGGCUGGUCAAGCAGAUCCUGUCCCGAGCCAACACCAUACCCAUCAUUGAAGAAGAUGAGGGUUCGGAGGACGAUAGCAACACAAAGCCGGACUUCACGGUCACUCUGAAGACCGAUUUCAGUGCCCGCUGCUUCCUGGACCAAUUUGAAGAUGAUGCUGAUGGGUUUAUUUCCCCAAUGGAUGAUAAAAUACCGUCAAAAUGCAGCCAGGACACCGGGCUCUCCAACCUCCAUGCCGCUUCAAUACCAGAACUCUUGGAACACCUUCAGGAAAUGAGAGAAGAAAAGAAAAGGAUUCGAAAGAAACUGCGUGAUUUUGAAGACAAUUUUUUCAGACAAAAUGGAAGAAAUGUCCAGAAGGAAGACCGCACUCCCAUGGCUGAAGAAUACAACGAAUAUAAGCACAUAAAGGCAAAACUAAGGCUCUUGGAGGUGCUCAUCAGCAAGAGAGACACUGAUUCCAAGUCCAUGUGAGGGGGGCAGCCCCAGCCCGAACAGAGGGGGCUGCUGAAGGUGCAGGCUGAACUUACCACAUGUCUCCCCUAGUAAAGAGCAGCUCUGCA